CUACCAUGACUUCUUUCAUACGGUAAGAAAUGGCCAUCGCUUGCAAUAUGUCCUUUACGCAUUUGGAUCAAAAACAGCUCUUCGUCACCACGGACAAGAUCAACCAACAAAUCUCCAUUUGGCUCUGAAUUUCUUCAAGAUAUAAAGAAAGUUUUCGCGCGGAGAGGGAUAUGGAGAAGCAGAACAGGCUGACUAUCACCAAUAAAAAUAAAUAGAUUUAAAGCUUACUAAACAAGCAAGCUAAGUAGCCUACAUUUUUUAAGCUUUUUACGGUAUAAAGUGUUAUGAUCAAAGGCACAAUGGUGAUAGAAUCCUCGUGGGGUUUGAACCAACAUCCUUUCUCAUAUCAGCCCAGAUAUUUAACCACUAAACUGCAGCACCCAGACACCGACUGUGAUGUUUAAGAAAAUCAACGCAGUUUUCCGUCCGAACCACCUUGGACCUCGCUCACGGGACCGGUUCAGGCCCAAUGAGGACUACCACAGCGCGUGCACCGUCAAACUGGUCCGGAGCACGUCGAUGCUCGUGGUGGGGGAGAGCAGUCGCGCGCCGCAGGACUCCACGCUGAAGCGGAGCGUGAGUGCCGUGAGUGUUGAGACCAGCACGGCCCUGUACUACUACCAGAGCCGAGAGGACCGCGUGUGGCUCUACUCCCAGAACCAGAACUGCUUAGAGUACUUACAGGAACUGGUCGCGCUCAGGCGGCAGUACACCAAGAGCAUCAACGACCUCAAGAACAGCGAGCGCAAAGAGACCGCGUCCCGCAAGAAGAACCCCGCACCCCGACCACCGCAAAACAGAGCUGCACAGACUUCAAGGCCUGAACCAUCUGCUCCACCAAUCCCAAAUGAGGAAGACACACUCCAGUUCUUUGAUGCAGUCAUUGCAAGCUGUGAUCCAGAGCCCAGUCGAAAACCACAUGUGGACAGUGGGCAUGCAGAUGUAGACUUCAUAGUGGCAACCAGUACCAGCGAGCAUGACCUUCACUCUAACUGGGUGCUUCGGGAUCCUCGUCGAAUCUCCAUGACGGAGUCACAGCCCAAGAAUUCAGAUAUCAGUCACGGGCAGGCAGCCCAGCGGAAGGGGGACAUGGGAAGCACAGGCAGUAGGAGAUGUCUGCAACAAAACCCAAUCCACCUGCCAAAAGUUGUGGAGAGUGCCUUUCAGACUCUGCGCUUCAAACCCAAGCUCAAGAAGAAAGAAUAGCUGCUUAAGCUGUUCCGCCUGUUGUGCCCAGAGGACAACUAAAACUUCACAGCUGUGCGAUCAAGAAGUUGGACCUGGAAGAAAGAAUAAGGAAUAAUCUGACACACCACAGAAGAUGUGAGCUCUGUGACGUAAUGUCAGUGCUUACUCACUGCCAGAGCUUCAUAAAUUAUCCACAGCAGAUCAGAAUCCCUUUUUCGGUAGCUCACGAUAGCAAACACUUAAGGCCAUUAAUAGAGCGCAACCACUGAACAAUCACCCUGCGCACUGAUUCCAGACAAAGCAACUGGAAUUUCCUUAUCACAAUAACACAGAUCUGAGGAUCACCUAUCUAAUGAACUAGUCAGAUAAUUAGACAGGGAUCAGACAUAUGAGUGAUGCAAAACACAUCAAGGCCAAGGGGCUAGCUAUAAACUGCCUAAUUAUUAUAGGUGAGCCUUAAAGGUAUAGUUCACCCAAAAAUGAAAAUUUGAUGUUUAUCUGCCUA